AUGUUUCGGCGUCACCCCGUCCGGAGGGCCCAGCAGGUGGCGCCCAAGAGGUGUCCCAGCGCUGGCGAAUGGCCGAGACCCCAGGUGCUGCCCAAGCUGCCCUCGCUGGAGCGCCGAGCCGGCUACGGCGCGGGGCGCGCGGAGGUCUCGCAGGCCUCCAGGGCCUCCUCCUCGUGGUGGCAGGGGUGGGACAGCGAGCCCGGGCCGGGUGCCGGGAGCCCCCAGCUGCGCCUGCCCACCCUGCACACCGUGACCUCGCGGGCGGCGCAGGACCGCGCGGCGCUGAGGUCCCUGCUGCUGCCGCCGUUGCGCAGGACCGACAGGUCCUGGGGGUCCGCGUGGCGGCUCCCCGAGCCCGGGCAGGGCCAGGACCCCCAGAGGAGCGCGGCCGAGGAGGACUCUCUGGGCGCGCUGCUGGAGGAGUUCCUCCCCAGCAGGUUCAGCGAGUUCCUGCACCAGUUGCGACAGGAGUGUGCCGAGCAGCCCGAGCCGCAGAUGUCCUCAACACGGCAAUAUCAAAAGCGUCUGUUCCAUCCCAGACGAGGUUCUUCUCAGUGUCACACCUGCCCAUAUCUCGCAGACCCGUGGGGCCAGCCAUCGCACUUCCACGACAAUUUUAACAAGAUUUUGCUCCAUCAGACACCUUCCCAGGAUCACCAAAAGGGUAAUCCAUCACAAAUCACCACGGGCAGAAACACCAACCAGCUCCACAACACACAGGUCCCCAAGACCAGAGCCCCCAACUCCUCUGGGGAAGGCUUGGGGCACCGCAGGCGCUGUUGUCCUUUACGGGUCCGAUUCGCUGACGAGACCCUACGAGACAGCACACUCCGCUACUUGGAGCGACGCUGUACAGUCCCGAACAACAUCAAGAGCAGGACCACCCUGCUGCCGGAGGUCUCCAACCAGGCGUUCGGGAACGUUCAGAAAUGGCUGGAGAAUUUGCCCAGAGCCCUGCCCCCCAGGGCCAAGGAGGAAGCCAGGCCCAGCGCCUGGUGCUGGGACCGCCCCCGCCUACUGCGCCAGGAGCGGCAGGGCUACCUUUCUGAGGACGCCUCAAUGAAGAACAGACUGCCAGGGCCACUCACCUCCAGGGCCACCACCCAGAGGCAAAGGGGGGCCCUCAGAAACUCCCUGGAUACCCCCAACAUCCUGGAUCAGGUGGGCAGACUGCCCUGCUCCUGGAGGCCACAGCUGGUGAGCACCUGCUGGCAGCUGCCACCCAGUGCUCCACGUGUGACCGCGGGGGCUCGCAGUGGCCGGGACCGUGUUCAGUUCCUGCGUCUCCCUGGAGGUGCGGCAGGAGGGGUGGGCGCGAAGCUCACAGGCUGGCCUGGCCCCAGCUGCGCCCGCAGGCCCUGGCGCCUGUGCGCCUCUCAGUUGCCUCAUCUGUAGCAGGGGGCUAGGGCACGGUCCGAAUCCUGCUGGCCCCAGGCAGCCCUGCCUCUUGCCUGAGGUCCCUGCAGCGCCCAGCUGGUCCUCCUCACUCUAGGAGUCCUUCCUGCCCAACUUGGUGCUGCAGUCCAUCCUGAAGCGAGGCCGCCCCAAGGGCUACCAGCUCCUCCUGCCUCCCACAAUCCUGCAGCAGGUUCAGAGGUGAAUGCCCACCGGAGCCCCAGCCCAGGGGAGCACACAGUCCAGGCAGUG